GACGACUUCAAUGUCCCUGACAAUACGCUCAUCAUCGCCCAAAACCACUCACGUCCUUCCUCACCGCUCUACCCUGGUCCAGUCUCUGUCUCAGCCCCCACAGAGGGUGCAGAGCCCACUGUCACUGUAUAGUGGUGAGGUGUCAGGUCCUCCUGUGUUCACUAAGCCGUUGCAGGAUGCCCUGGCGUCCGAGGGCCAGGUGGUGGUUCUGGAGUGCAGGGUCCGAGGAAGCCCUCCUCUUCAGGUCAGAUGGUACCGCCAAGGGGAGGAGAUCCUGGACUCUCCUGAUUUCCGGAUACUUCAGAAAAAGCCUCGAUCUGCAGCUGAGUCAGAAGAGAUCUGCACCCUUGUGAUAGCCGAGGCCUUCCCAGAGGAUGGAGGUUUAUUCUGCUGCACAGCCUCCAACACGUACGGCUCCUUGAACAGCACAGCUCACCUCACCGUCACUGCAGCAUCUGAGGACUCAUCCAGUAAUGGGAUGUCUGGAGAUAGCUCAGGGUUUGAGGAUGCAGCAGGCUUCCCCCCGCCUCCCCCACCCACAGAAAUCAGCCUCCUGGAGCUGCCACCCAAGAUGCCGCCUCCACCUGGGAGUGAGCCUUUCCAAAUCAAGGAGCUGGAGAUCUGGCCCAGUGUUUCUGCCAUGCCUCUGCUGCAGAUGAGCUCAGAGGCAGAGGAUAAAGGGAAAGGGUUCAUGCAGAAUGGGCCGCCUGCAAAUCCAUCAGCUCCACCAAGCCUGCCUAAAGCUGCAACCCCACCACCCCCACCUCCACCUCCACCACCACCUCCUCUUCCUCCAGCUCUGCCACAGUCUGACCCAGUGACAGAUGUCCCAGUAAAGCCACACAGUCCGGCCCUGCUGGCAUCAGACUCUCCUACACCCCCAGGCAAGCUGUCUCCAUCCCCUGGGAAAGACGGACCUCCGCUGCCGACCAAGCCUAAACCAAAGCUAAACGCCUCUCAGCUGAAGCAGCUGCAGGAACAGAUUCUCUUGGAGCAGCAGGAAGCCGUCAGCUGGACGCAGCAGGAACAGGAACAGCAAAACCAGGAAGUCCUGCCUCCGCCUCAGCUACCACAUCAGGAAGAGCUUCCACCUGCUCCCCCGUCUCCACCUCUCCCCCCUCCUCCCUCCUUCCAGGAGCUGGAGAGCAGUGCAACCAUGCAGGCCAGCACCUUCAACUACGCCCGGCCCAAGCAGUUCAUCGCUGCGCAGAGCCCCAGCGGCGGAUCGGGCUUCAUCACUCAGUCCUCAGGCUCCUCCGGGUCCAGCCUGUCCUCCCCCCUGUCUCCCCCCGCCUCACACAAGCCUUUCAACAGGGUCGUCCUGCCGCCCUUCAGCAAAGCUGGCAGCGUGGAGUCUCCAAGCUCUCCAUCCUUCCCUCCUCCACCUCCACCUUUCCUCAGCUCCAGUAACCUGUCCUCUCCAUCCGGCCCCGCCCAAGACUUCCCUCCUCCUCCUCCUCCUCCUCCCCCUCCUCUCCCCGUCUCCAUGUCUCCAUCAUACUCAGAUAUGUCCUCGCCCUUCUCCUCUGUCCCUCCAUCUCCUGCCUCCAGCUUUCUGUCCUCAGUGCUGCCCUCCACUCCCUCCUCUCCUGGCAGUCCCAUCGUCAACGCCCUGGGUCUCCCUAAAGGCAACGGGACUGUCAAAGCGUUCCCCAAGAAGCCCUCCAGCAGGACCCCUCGCGGCGUGUCCGACCACGACAUCCAGGGAUCCAAGGACGCCGUCAUCCAGGACUUGGAGAGAAAGUUGCGCUUUAAAGAAGAGCGCAUGAGCAAUGGGCAACAGAGGUUAACCUAUGAGGAGAAGAUGGCUCGCAGACUGCUGGGUGCUGACAACGCUGCCACAGUCUUAAACACACAGGACACAGAGGAGGAGCCGGUCACACAGGCGUUCAGGUCAUCUGCAAGAGACUCUUUCCCCCAAAAGGAGUACAAAGUCUCCAGUUUCGAGCAGCGUCUGAUCAGUGAGAUUGAAUUCCGUCUGGAGCGUUCUCCAGUGGAGGAAUCAGACGACGACGUUCAGCACGAUGAAGACUCUGCCGGACGCGGGGUGCAUCCUUCCUUCGACCAGAAGCUCAAACACUACAAAGUCUUUGAGGGGAUGCCCGUCACCUUCUCCUGCAAGGUCCACGGAGACCCCAAACCAAAGGUGUACUGGUUUAAAGAUGGCAAACAAAUCUCCAAGAGGAGCGAGCACUACAGGAUCAGCCGUGACGCUGACGGGACCUGCUCUCUGCACACCGCCGCAGCCUCCCUGGACGAUGACGGCAACUACACCAUCAUGGCAGGCAACCCCGAGGGCAGAGUGAGCUGCACCGGGAGGAUGAUGGUGCAGGCCGUGAACCAGCGAGGCCGAAGCCAGCGCUCCGCACCUGGACACAUGCGCAGGCCCAGAUCCAGAUCCAGAGACAGCGGCGAUGAGAACGAUAACAUCCAGGAGCGUCACUUCCGCCCUCACUUCCUGCAGGCGCCCGGUGACCUCAUCGUUCAGGAGGGCCGACUGUGCCGGAUGGACUGCAAGGUGAGCGGCCUGCCCACUCCUGAUCUCAUCUGGCAGCUGAAUGGACAGACCAUUCGCCCUGACUCCGCCCACAAGAUGCUAGUGAGGGAAAACGGCGUGCACUCUCUGGUCAUCGAGCCUGUGACCAGUCGUGACGCGGGCAUUUACACCUGCAUCGCAAGCAACCGAGCCGGGCAGAACUCCUUUAACCUGGAACUGAUUGUUGCAGCCAAAGAGAUGCACAAAGCCCCUUCAUUUGUGGAGAAGCUGCAGAACACAACCGUGGCAGAGGGUCAUCCUGUGAGGAUGGAGUGUCGGGUGACCGGAGUUCCCUACCCGCAAAUCUUCUGGAAGAGGGAGAAUGAGUCGUUCACUCACAACACAGACAGAAUCAGCAUGCACCAGGACAACUGUGGCUACCUGUGUAUGAUCAUCCAGCCGGCCAUGAAAGAAGACGCUGGUUGGUACACGGUGUCAGCCAAGAAUGACGCUGGCAUCGUCUCCAGCACCGCACGCCUCGAUGUUCACGCUCAGUGGCAGCAGCCCAACCUUCCAAAGCUCAAGAAGGUGCGUCCCUCCACCAGCCGCUACGCCGCACUGACAGAGAGAGGCCUAGACGUGAAGGCGGCUUUCUUCCCCGACUCCAGCCCGCUGCCCGGCGGCCUGGUGGAAAGCGACGACUUGUAGAGACAGCACCAGGAUUGCAGCAAAAACCCUGACAGCUGCACCUCGCUCCAGCCACCCCUGAGACAAAAAUAACCUUGUCCAGCUCAGAACUAACGGGUGGGCAACAUGAGCGGGUGCAGCCGUGGUUUUCCUAUGUUUUAUAGUCCGACACAACCCAGUAUAUUACGGAAUUCAUCAACUUUCUUCCACAAGCUUCAUUUUAUCAACUGGACCUGGAGAACGACCGACGAGGAAGGACUGCUCAUGAAUACAAACUCUCCUGAGACUCUGCUCUGCAAGGGGUCGUCUUUUUCAAGUGCCUUACAUGUCUGUAAAGAUUUAAAAGAAACGCAGGUUUAAGAGUAAAACAUAGAUUACUAUGCAUGUUUAAGUGGUGCCAUUUGAAACACACAGAGUAAAACUGUAUCUAUACGUACGUAGCACCUUGUUCCACCAACUUUAGAGGAGACUGAAUGACUCGGAGCGUGGUGGCUUUGACGAAGGAGAUCACAAACUUGUGUUACGAUGUGGCGCUGUGCUCAUACCUACAGAUCCUGGAUGUAGUCGUCGUGGAUUAGGAGGCAGAUAUUUGGAAAAGGCCGGGCCUUUAAAAAAGGUUUGUGUUAAGGUUUAGGAAAAGAAAGCUCUCACACGUGGAUGAGAUUAUAGGCACACAAAAGGGAAAGGGAAGUGUGUUUUUAAACCGGGGCCUAAAGCUUAAAUAUUGUGGCGUCAAGAUGAGCAGUAGAUUUCUUAAAUUGGAGUGGCAUUGUGUCAAAGAGAGACCGACAGAGGCAGAAACUCCGGCGUGUUGCUAAGUAAACCAGUUUUUAUCAGUGAAGUGUGGUGGCUUUGAGGAGAGUGAUGCAACAGCUGCUUUCUGUUAGAAAAGGGCCCGUUACUCUCUAACGAGGAGCUCUGUGUCUGCAGGGAUCGUCUCUGUUAUGUUGUCGGACACUAAAUAAAACAAUCUGUCAGUGGCAAAAAACAAGAACGUGCAUUUGCCUCCGAGCUGGUUUCAAAGCUGCAGGCUGGAGCAAACCCAAAACAUGUUCAUCAUUAAGACGACACAACCUGCAGAAUGGGCCCUGUUUUAAAAAGACGAAGGUUCCCCUUUAAAGAUGGACGGAUCACAGAGGCAGAGGAAGGUGAAGUCACAGAGUGAGGCAGGUUUGAGUGUUAGGAUGGAGGAAUGUGAGCGACUGAAGCAGUGGCGACAACAUUUUUUUUUUUUUUUGGCAUUUUCUUUCUUUGAGGGUUUAUUUUCUGAGUGUGAAUCGAAGCGUUCUCACGGAGAGAGAUAGAGAGAGAGAGAGGGUGCUGUGAAGGUUUCAGUGUUUCUGUCACACCGACGUCACAGAGUGUCCUUUUUAUUUUUGUAUGAGAGUAAAGACUCCACCUGCAGCCUUCAGUUCACAGAUGAAACAAUCAUUCUGUCAUCAGGUUUUAUAAAUAUAUCCACCGCCUUAACUCACAUUUAGGUUUAACGCAGACACACUUUUCUUUGCAUGUUAUUCUCAGACACUUGUACAGUGCCAACAGGAUGUAUAAAACACAACUUUACUCUUUACGCCGGUGAAGUUAAAACAAGGUAUAUUUAUAUCUACUAUUUCAUGAUACUUAAAAACGGACAACUCCUCUGUCUCGCUUCAGCUGACAGCUUCUGUGUUUGCACAUUUCUAUGCCAAUCAAUGCCUGUAUAUGGAUUGUUCUCCUGAUAUUAUUUUAGGUUAUGAAAGUUAAUAAAACUCUUCAGAGAAA